AUAAUUUCUGGAUGCAAGUCCUGAAUGCAAGUUGAAGCUACAAAAACAUGCUCUGGUUUAUUUGUGUAGUUUGCUUUUCAUAAAAGAAAUUAUAGCUGAGCUUUUAUAAUAGUCUUUCAGCAACUUAACUAUAUUUCAAUACUGACAUUUCUUAACAUCAAAAUCCAAUCCGGUGUUGGAGCAAAAUAAAUAAAACCCCUUACCUCUUAAGAAAUGUAGGAAAAGCAUGAUAGAGGCUUUAUGUGUUUUCUACCCAUGAUAAUGAAAAACUACCCAUGAAAACUACCUUUUGACACUGUCCUAUGGCAUCCUGCAGCUAUCCUAAAGCUAUGAUUCGCAGUUUUGAGACAUAAGGAUUGCAGGUAUUCUAUGCUGUUGUUUCUCAGAUGACACCCUUUCUGAACCUGUAGCCUAUAGCGCUUUAUGGUAAGGUGGCAUAUGCAAGUAAACCUAUCUCCAUGUACCACUGUAAAAAAGCAGUGGGUUGGGUUGCUCUCAGGAUGGAGUGCCUUUAUGGCCUCUUAAAAGGCAGAACCCACACUCAGGAAUCCACUGGACCUUGGCUGGCACCAGACUGCAGAGGAAAGCAGCUAACGUAAAAAAGUUUUUUUUUAAAAGUAAGUACAUUUAUGGGAAGAUCUGUUAUUUGUAGCAGGUGAUUGGAUUUCUACAUCAAACCAGAUGGGAUCUGUGUACUUCUAAAGCUUUUUGUGCAUGUUUUCAUAAAUUAACUUCAUGGUUAAAGUAAAAAAAAAAAAAAAUCAGCACAUGUCUAUCAAUUUGUAAGAAUGUCUCUAAGGUUCUACUAUGAAAUUUCAAUAAUGGUCCUGAUAGCUGUGUACUUAUGUUACUUUUUAGGGAAUUCAGAAUAGUUCAGGUAUGCCAAGUGAUGAAUAAUGACAAUAUCAUUUUCUGAUUUCAUAUUACUGUAAAACAAAAAUGGCGCUGCAUAUUAUAAAUGUACUUCACAAUCAGAAUAACUACGUAUAUGCUCAUGACAAAAUCCUCUUCCCACAUUCCUCCAGACGGUGACAUUAAAAGACUGCAAAAAAUAGGUAAAAUAUAUGUUCUGUUUCAAGGGGGGCUCUGAAAUUUAAGAAAGAGACCUGACAUUCAUAAAUCACCUGCACUCAUAACAUCAGUGGAAAAAGUUUUUUUUUUCUUUAUAUGCAUCUACACAAUAGACUGCUACAGUUUUAACAUAUGCAUCUACUUUAGUGAUAUGAGAACUCUGCUUGACUCUUUCAAUCUAACUUUGUGUCUUUGAAUUGUUAUUGUGCAUACUGACUUAGCAAGAUGUUCCUUUUGGGCUGGAGAACAAAACGAAAAAGUAAAUAAGGCCAUAGCAAAGCUGUUUCGAAUAAGAGAAACAUAAUCUACAUCAAACUAAUAUCCAUAAAGUUACAUGAUUAAAUACUUUAUACCUUAUCCAGUUAUGAAUUUGUCAGUAUGAUGUUAUGAUUUAAAGAUUUUUCAAAUUGAUCUAAGUAUUCUAAUAAAUGUGAUAAAUGUUACAGAAAUCAGACAAUAUAGUUUAACAUAUAUUUCAGUGACUUAUUCUGAUGCCUAAUGGCCAAUAUAAAAAAUUGGCAAUGCAAAAAUAGAAAUAUCUAUAAUAAAAAUGAACUUUUAAAGUAGACAAAAUAAUAGGCUAUUUCUUUUCAAUUCAGAAACUAAGUUUAAAAAAAACAAAACUUUCCUCUUACUAUGUAAGUCUGUUGAUAGUUUCUUGAACAGUAAAAUAAAGACUGCCGUAAGUGAACUACAGGCCAUUAUGGCCUGAAAAUAAACACCAUUUAUUUUCACAUAAUAAUGUACAUCUUAUAUUUUAUAUAUUUUAGUCUAUUGCCUAUUUAAUCUAUACUAUUGAGUAUUGAUACCAACACUCCCACCAACACUGCAUUUUCUAAAAACACAUCCAACCAUAAACCUCCAGUUUCCACAAUGAUAAGUGAUACCCAGAACAUAUUUAGACCAUCUGGAGCACAUAAACUAUUUUAAAGACAGUGACCAGUUUCAGAACUCACUGAAAUUGAGUAAUGUGGUAUGUACAGAGCAAAUAACCCAGGCAUUCACUCAAGAUAAUUGAGACAAAUUGCUAUACAAAUACCACUCAGGGAAAGCACAAAACAACAUAUUAAGUGAUUUAAGAGUGCAUUGUGAUUAUUCUGCAUUAACAGAGAAGUUGGUCUGAAGAUGUUUAAGAUUUGCAAAGCAAAGGAAGAGCAACUAACUGCUCCGGGGCAGGGUAAGUCAAAAAACAAGUGGAUUUUUUAAAAUGUAUUCAACUAAAUUACAUGUUUAAAACCUUGAUUAAAUCAAUAAUAGGACAGUUCAGACUACAGUUCUUUAACAGUAUGGACAUUAUCAAUGCUAUCCUGAAUUUCCUUCCUUUAUCAAAUUGUACAGAUUAUUUCAUUUUUUUAAUUAUUAUUUAAUGGCAGUGAAAAUUAAAAAGAAGUCACGGGUGCCCGGAGUUAUGAUCACUCAGUAUGUGGAAGUAUUACCAGAUGGCAUGAGCACUCCUGAUUUCACUCGGAAACCUAUCGCGCUCACAAUUCAAGAAGGAAAAAUGGCCUUUUUCAGAGCAAUAGUUACUGGUAAUCCAACACCAGUUGUGACUUGGAUGAGAAACAAUGGGGAAAUAGAUGCGGAGAGAUACAAGUUUACAUUUGAUUCCAUUUCUGGUGAACAUCAGCUACAGAUGCCUGAUGUAUGUGCAGAUCAAGCGGAUACCUACAAAUGUUAUGCCAGAAAUGAGUUUGGAAAAGCAGUUGUUACCGUUACUCUCAAUGUCAUUGAAGUUGGCUACAAGAAGAGUAAAGCGAUGAAAGAAUCCAGAACAGCAAUUCGAGAGUUACCAGAAGACUUCAAAAGGAACUUGAGAAGCACGGCGGACUUAGAGUCGAGGGAAGAGAAACAGCUAGAAAUCGAUGAACAAUUUUGGGAACUGUUGUUGAGUACAGACAAGAGAGAAUAUGAGAACAUCUGUGCACAAUAUGGGGUCACUGAUUUUCGCUGGAUGCUCAAGAAGCUAAACGAGAAGAAGUUGGAGAGAGAGCAGGAGCAGGAAAAGGUUGUUGAAAAACUCUGUAACCUCAAGCCCAUUGAACUGAAACCUAAUGGUGCAGCAGAGUUUGAACUUGAGAUGUCACUGAAAGACCCCAACAGCAAAAUUUUCCUAUUCAAGGAUGGAGUUAUGAUUCCUUUUGAUGCUGACGCAGAGAUAAAACAUGGACUUAAAAGAGUAGGAAAGAAGUUUGUGUUCAGUAUAAAUGGAGUUAAUCCUGAGGAUGCAGGAUUAUAUCAACUGGAAAUUGAUGGAGUCAAGAUAUUCUCAACUGAAUUACAAAUUCCAGAUGUAGACUUUUUGGUUAAAAUUCAAGAUGUGAAAGCGGAGGAAAGAGAGGAUGCUGUGUUCCAGUGUGUGCUUUCACGUCCAAUGAAAAAAAUCAGUUGGAUGGGGAAAAACAACCCAGUGGAGCAAGGAGAUAAAUAUGAUGUUACCGUAUCGGACGACAUGCUGAUUCACACUUUAGUGGUGAAAGAUUGCCUGCUACUGGACAAAGGAAUCUAUUCAGCUGUGGCUGGACUUAAAUCCUGCAGUGCCUGGCUCAUAGUAGAGGGUAACACGGAUCCAAGUAUGGUUGGAAAAAAGAAAGCUCGCAAGACAACUUGUGCAGGAGGUGGUGGAGACGAUGUUUUCAAAGUUGCUCGGGAGCAGCAGGCGAAGUUACAAAAAGAACAAGAUGAGCUGAUUGCAAAAGCAAGGGAAAAGGCAGAGGAAGAGGAGGCAGCAGCAGCAGCAGCAGCAGCAGCGGCAGCGGCAGCAGCUGAAGAACCAAAACCUGUAGAAAUCCCAGAGGUAGAUGCCACACCUAAAACUGAACCUCAACCAAUGAAACAAGCAAAAGUAAAGCCAGAGACAAAACCAGAAGUGGUAGCAGAUUCUAAACCAAUAGUUGCAGAAGAAAAAGUGAAGGAAGGAAAAACAGAAAAACCUGCACCAGGUCCUGCAAAAGAGAAGGAGGCUGUUGUUGAAGAGAAAGAAUUUGUUCAAGAGAAAAGACAAAGACUGAGACCAGGCCCACUUGUCCCUGAAGCUGUAACUGAUCCAGGAGUUUAUUUCACUGCUGGACUCUCAGAUGUAACUGCAGUUAUAGGUAAUGAUGCAGAACUGCUAUGUAAGCUAAGCUGCGAGGACUGUGAUGCAACCUGGUACAAAGAUGGAAAAGAGAUAACAGAAACAGAGGACAUUAAUAUUAUUAAAGAGGAGACUUAUCGGAAACUAGUUAUUAAAAACUGUAAAGAAGAGGAUGCUGGAAAAUAUAAAUGUGAAGCUGAUGGGCGUAAGACGGAAGCUAUGUUGAAUGUUGAAGAUCCUCCAAGAAUCAGUCUUGAUGACCUUGCUGAGUUUAUGAAACCUGUAAUAAUCAAAGCUGGAAAAGAGGCAUCCUUUAAGCUAACAUUUGUUGGACGUGAACCAAUGAAAAUCCAAUGGUACAAUGAUGGAGAAGAGCUGAUGGAGGAGAGCAAUAUUAAGAUUGAGAAGUCUUCCUCCCAUAGCCGCCUAUUGCUAACCAAGUGCCAACGCAGAACAACUGGAGAAAUUAAGAUCAAAAUUAAAAAUGAAUGUGGAACGACUGAGGCCAUCACAAAACUCAUUGUCCUAGCUAAGCCAACACCACCACAAAGCCCUGUGGAUGUCAUUGAAAGUUCUUCAUCUUGCAUUGAGUUCAAAUGGAGGCCUCCCAAAGAUAGUGGCGGUUGCCCUGUCACCAACUACAUUAUGGAGCGCCAGCAAAUUGGACGAAACAGCUGGCAAAAGUUGGGUAAGAUUGGUCCGGAGCCCAAGUACAGGGACACAGAUGUAGAUCAUGGCAGAAAAUACUGCUACCACAUCAGGGCUGAAACCGAACAAGGCAUUAGUGACAUGAUAGAGACUGAUGACAUCCAGGCUGGAACAAAGGCAUACCCUGGACCUCCAUCAACACCAAGAAUUGUCAGUGCUUUCAAGGACUGUAUAAAUCUUGCAUGGACUGCACCGGCAAAUACGGAAGGAGCAAACAUUUUGGGUUACAAUGUGGAGAAACGCAAGAAUGGGAGUAAUCUGUGGGGCAUGGUCAACCCACCAGAUGAGCCCAUCAAAGCAAAACAAUAUGCAGUAAAGGAUGUUGUUGAAGGUAUAGAGUACGAGUUCAGAGUGUCAUCUAUCAAUAUGUCUGGAGUUGGAGAUCCAAGUCAACCCUCAGAAUUUGUGAUUGCCAGAGAUCCAAAAAAACCUCCUGGUAAAGUUACUGACCUGAAGGUGACAGACUCUACCUACACCACCUUAUCGCUGAGCUGGACCAAACCAGCAGAAGAAGAAGGUGUCCAAGAUGAGGCUAAGGGAUACUUUGUGGAAUUACGACCAGCUGAAAACCCUGAAUGGGGCCGGUGUAACACCAGCCCCAUUGUUAUGACCACAUUCACUAUUGUGGGUCUUAAGUCAAUGGCAAUGUACUGGGUAAGAGUUAUGGCCACCAAUGAAGGUGGAGACGGUGAGCCUCAAGAGUUAGACAACUACAUCAUUGCAAUGCCGCCACCAGUUAGACCACAUUUCACUGACAAAAAAUUGAAGAACUUUAUGGUUGUGAGGGCAGGGAACUCAGUUCGAAUCAAUUUCAACUUUAAGGCUUCUCCAAUGCCAGUGAUCACAUGGCUCAAGGAUGGCUUGCCUCUACCCAAAUAUGUAACAGUGAGCAACACAGACAGUCAUCACAAGCUAAUGAUACCCUCAUCGGAGCGCCAUUACACUGGAAUCUAUACAAUUGUUGUGAAGAACCUUGUUGGUCAGGAGACUUCCAGUGUUGAAAUAAGAGUCACAGAUGAUCCUAAGCCUCCAGGCCCUGUAGAACUUGAGGAAAAUGUGUCGGGAACAGUUACCAUUUCAUGGACUGCAUCUCCAGAUGAGAAGAAAGAUGACAGACUGCACUAUGUGGUCGACAAGCACGAUUCUGUUAAACACACUUGGCAUACUGUGGCUGACCAUCUCUUCAACAACAGGUUCACUGCUGUCAAUAUUAUGCCCCGAAGGCAGUACAAGUUCAGGAUCUAUGCCAAGAAUGACAUGGGGCUUUCUGCAGCGUCUGAGUCACCAAUCUGGGAAGUAAACAAAAAGAAAGAGAAAUUCUCUUUGAAACUUCAAGAUUCUAAAGCUGCAGCUUUGAGACAUUCUCCAUCAUUUUCUGUUCCUCUAAAAAUGCACCAAAGUCCUCAAAGAUAUGAGUGCUACAUGAGUUGUGCUGUGACAGGGAACCCCAGACCCCAUGUUACCUGGUACAAAAAUAACAUCAGCCUCAACACCAACACUAACUACUACAUCACCAACACCUGUGGAGUCUGCUCCAUGUUAAUACUCAAUGUUGGGCCCAAAGACAGUGGGGAUUACACUGUUGUUGCAGAAAAUUCUCUGGGGAGAGUAGAGUGCUCAACAAAACUUGACGUGAGAGAUUAACAUGCUGGAGCAGUUCUGACCUUCUGUAGAGCCCCGCUGCAUCAAAAUCAAUGAAGAAAAUUCAUCAGCUUCAAGUCUGUCAACAUUGUUGAUUCUAUUUUAAGUGUGGAACAAUGUAAUAUAAUUAAAUCAAGUCUGAUCAAAUAAAACUGUAGCACUGAAAAACAAAGAUUAAAAUCACAUAAAACUAGUAGCGUUAAAUUCAAGAAAUUCUACUUGGAGCGGACCUGAAGACAAAGACAAAAGAAUAUUUGACAAUCAAACUCACCAAUAUGUAAUGACAUUAGAAACAUAAACUGCCAUCUGACAACAGUCUUUUCAGCAAGCCAAAAAUACUGUGUUUAAAAAUAUAGAAUUAGAAAGGUGAAAGGUAAAGGUAAUUUUAUUUAUAUAGCACAUUUUCAGCAACAAGGCAAUACAAAGUGCUUUA